UUUCUAUGUGUGUGUGUGUGUUUGGUGUGUUUUCGUGAGACCACGUGACGAUGUGACGAUACGUGCAACCGAUUUUCAGGUAGGCAACGUGGGAGAAGGAAAGAGCUUCGUGGAGCCCAGCGGGCUCUUUCCUGCCACGAAGCUGCUGCGUGCGGAUCCUGGUGGAAGAAAGAACGGCAGUACCUGAUGAGGGGAGGGGCAACUGCAGAGGGAUGCGUCCGUAUGUAGCUACCUACUACUUCCCUUUUCCCAUCUUUUUACACGGGUAGGUUAUUUUUGAAGGUAUCUAUACUUACCUUGACCUCAACAACACCUGGAACGAUGCCAUUGACACAGUUUCUGGCGUUGUCGGCCGAGACCCCCUCAAACACGAUGCCGCGAUAGCGCCAGUGAUGACGCCUCUCACUCGUCCCGUCCCUCUCCGCACACCUUCCUUCUUCUUGACGACCGCGCCCCUGCCAUCGCGUAAUGCACAAUAUGUAGGACACAUCUCCUGGAUUCAUUGUCAAUGCAACACUGGCCUCAAAUUCCAACCAUUUCACCGUACCCCACUUUCACUGGGGGGCCAAUCGCCGCGCCAUCAGAGAUACCGAGUUGGCGACGACUCCAACGACAUGACACAGGGCACCAGUCACUGGCCACCCACCGCGGAUCGGGUCAGGGUCUGUCCCGCAGUCCAAUCGCUCGCUCCCUUUUCCUUUUCGCUCGCCAACAACGAAUACUGCUACUCCAAAGGCCCUAGUAGCCCCGAUAGUGCGCCCCUCCUCUCCCCGGCCUCAGACCUCCGUUUAUUGCCGGGUCCUAAGCGGGACGGACGCUGGCCAGAAAGCCUAUCACUGGCUGUUCUUCCCAAUUUGAUACUGGGCCUGAGAAAUGGUUGGGACACCGAGAGCGUCUACAAACCGCCUGCCACUGGACGCUCCGAUGUCGUGGCAAGUCCCGGCCCGCUGAAGAUCAUGCCGCCUUUGGCGGGAAACGGGGAGAUAGCCUUGGACCAUGACAGCUUUGAGUGGCGACAUAAACUAAACGACAACGAUCCCGAGUCAUUCCUCUUGACCGACCCGGGGGAAUCAUCGUUAUUAUUUCGCCUAUUGCUUCCCCUUUUCUUGCACCGAGGUACGGUAACAAAACAACUGUCACUUUGUUUGUCUAAUUGCCCAGGUGAGACGUAUGCCACGCCUUGGCUUGGGGCGUCGAUAGUUGAAGCAUCCAGGGUCGAUGGUGGUGGCCCUGCCGCCGCUGCAGUCCUGGACUUCGGGUCGUCAGGUACAAAUGACAUCGUCGUCGGUCUCGUCGGCCAGGGCCAAUUCUUCAGGCAUCAAGACACGGCGUGGUAUACCUCGCGCUUUGGAUUCAUGACCAUGAUUCACUGCCUUACUGGGAAACCCGAUGAGACGUGCUAGGCAUGGCAUAAUGAACCGGGCUGGAAGUCUCGACAGUUGCCGUUGCAGUUCAAAAGGUGAAAGUUGCUCACCGAGCCAAUCCAGACGGGAGAGCUUCAGGUGGACUAUCGUUUCAAGACGAGGGUUCCUGGCUCGAGUUGGGUGCGAAAGGA